AUGGGUAAUUACAAAAUUGUGCUGUGGUCUUCCUCACGAGUAAGAUUAAAACUUUUUUACAUUUUUUUACUCUUUGUAAUAGAUAAGGUCAUUUUUAAGAACUUUCCAAAAAUUUACGCUAUCAAAUUGAAGGAUGAUAAGAGAGGCAUAUUCAAAAAAAAAUUAUCCAAUGGAAGAAAAUACACACAUAAAUGUAAGAAGUUGAUAAGGGCCAAAUCUUCAUUUUACAUUUUGGGCAAAUGCGAAUAUUCCAAUAUGAACGGCAAGGGGAAAAAAAAAAAAAAAUGCACACACAUUAUUAGAUCUCUUAAAAAUAGCUCGACAGAGUUAAACACUUCCGAGAUAUACAAAAUAAGAGAAGAAAUACUAUCCAAAAAAGACAUAAAAGAUGUUCUUGAAAGGAACAUUAUUAACAAAGUUUCAAAUGAAAAUAUAAACAAGUACAACAGCUUUUCCUACAUAUACAGCAUUGAUGAAAUAUAUGAACAAGUCAGAAAAUUAUAUAAAAUUUAUGAUCAGUGUAAAAAUUUGGAUAAGCUACCAAAAUUAUUUGGACUUCCUAUCAUUUUAAAAGAUAAUAUAGUGACAAGAAAUAUACAUACAUCAGCUAGUAGUGACAUUUUAGAAAAUUAUAAACCAUCGUAUGAUAGUACAGUUGUAAAAAAGUUGAAUCAACAUGGAGCUAUCAUUUUAGGGAAGACUCAUUUGGAUCAAUUUGCAAUGGGCUCCUGCACAGGUGGUAAGGUAAAAAAUCCAUUUAAUGAAAAUGCUCUGUCAUGUGGUGGAUCAUCUAGUGGAUCAGCAAGUUGUGUAGGAUCAAGAAUUAUUAACUGUUCAGUUAAUACAGACACAGGAGGAUCAAUUAGAACUCCAGCAGCAUUAUGUGCAUGUAUAGGGUUAAAACCAACUUAUGGAAGAAUAAGUAGAUAUGGAAUUAUACCAUAUAAUGAAGAAACAGAUGUUGUAGGUUUGAUAGUUAACAAUGUGUAUGAUUGUAGUAUACUAUUAGAUGCUUUAUGCGGAUGGGAUAAGAAUGAUUUAACAAGUUUAAAAAAAAAAAAAAAAAAAUUUCACUUCAAGUUAAGAAAGUAUGCAUUAUCAGAAAAAUUUAUUAGUGGGCAAUAUCCCUUGAGAAAUUUCAAAUUUGGUUAUCUAAGUAAGGAACUUUUAAAAUAUUAUUUUGUGGAUGAUAAUGUGUGUAAGAAUUAUGAACAGGUCAUGCAACAUAUCGAACAAAUGGGGGGAAUUUUAAUAAAUACAAAUAUCUUUAAAUUAAUUGAUUACACUUAUUUAUAUUAUAUGUAUUCUAUGACCAUUGCAAAUAGUAACCUUUCCAGGAUUAAUGGAAUUAAUUACAACAUCCCUAACUCAAAUGGUACAAUUAAUUUUGUAAGACAAUUAAGAUCAAAUUUGAUAAAUGAAAAUGUGCACUCUAGGAUUAUUGGAGGGUCCAUAAUCUCAUCAUGUUUUCAGAAAGGGAAUAUAAGAAAUCUUUUUUUAAGUGCCAAGAGAAGAUUAAAGCAUAGCAUUCAGAAAAUAUUUCAUGAGGUAACUUAUGUUUUACUACCCUCUCUGCCAAAGUCUAACAAUUUGAUUACUCAUGGAGUUACGGCUUGUGAAUACAACACAAGAAUUCAUUCACGUAGCAAAAUGGAGAUGAAAAAGGAUUCUUCAAGUAUCCAUAAGAAAAACAUGAAUGAAAAAAACAGGGAUGAGAAAAACGUGAAUGAAAAAAACAGGGAUGAGAAAAACGUGAAUGCAAAAAACAGGGAUGAGAAAAGCGCGAAUGCGAAAAACAGGGAUGAGAAAAACAUCUUACAUGCACAAAAUCAUGUUCAAGGUAUCCCAUAUCAGUACAACAACUACAUGAAGGAAAUUUUUUCAGUCGUUGCGUCCAUCACAGGUUACCCUAGUAUUGUAAUUCCAACAGGGGAAUUUACAGAACACUAUAAUGAGCCCAAAUCUUUUCAAGUGCUGAGCAAGAAUUUGAACGAGGCUGGCUUAUUGAAGGUUGCCUUGGCAUACAAGAGCAAAUUUCAUGUUGAUGAAAAAAUAUUGCAGAAUUUGGGCAGAUCCAAAAAUGAAACUAAACGGGGAUGA